CUGGCAAAUAUAGUAAAAGGGAUAUUCUGGUAGGACGUAUGCCUACCAUUAGUUCUGAAUACUGGUGAGGUUUUGAGGGAAAAAUGGCCGUGAUGAUUGGAAUCGCUUUCAGCGUUUCUUGGCUUUGUUGCCUGCUAAUUGGAGGGAUAACGUGUUCUACAUCAGAAGGUGAUUGGUCUCCUGCACUGGAUUCUAAUGCAGCAUGGCUCUAUGCAGGAUCACUUCGGUCUCUAGGAUAUGGCAAUUAUAAAUCUCAAAUGCAAGCGCAGCAGAAACAUCCGGCCGCCAUCCUGCGGAAAGAACUGGCCCCCAUGUCCCGGCAACCUCAGCAAGUGUGGUAUCCAGGUCAAAUGCCCCUGCAUCAGAAGCAACGUGCCGCAGAAGCUCAGCAGCAGAGGCAAGCGACAACUGUGCCCCAGCAAGUGUGGCAUCAAGCUCACAUGCUGACAGAACCACCGACCGCCGUGCCCCAGCAAGUGUGGCAUCCUAAUCAAAUGCUGCAGAAGCAAUCACCCGCCUCGCCUCAGCAAGUGUGGCAUCCUGCUCAAAAGCCCCUGCAGCAGAAGCUACCGACCGCCGUGCCCCAGCAAGUGUGGCAUCCAGCUCAAAUGCAGCAGAAGCAACCGACCGCCGUGCCCCAGCAAGUGUGGCAUCCUUCUCAAAUGCCUCUGCAGCAGACGCAAACGACCCCCGUGCCCCAGGAAGCAUGGCAUCCUGCUCAGAUUCCCCAGCAGAAGCAACUGGCCCCUAUGCCUCUACUGCAGAAGGAACCAACCACCAUAGCCCAGCAAACUCAGCAGGUGUGGCAUCCAGCUCAAAUGUCCAAGAAUCGAACAGCCACUGAACCUCAGCAGAAGCAACCAUCCACCACGCCCCAGCAAGCGUGGCAUCCAGCUCAAAAUCCCCUGCAGCAGAAGCAACCGGCCACUGAACCUCAACAGAAGGAGCUGACCGCCAUGCCACAGAAGCUACAGGCCUCCAUUCUCCAGCAGCCUCCGCUUGUGUGGCAUCCAUCUCAAUUUCCCCAGCAGAAGGAACUGGCAGUCGAGCCUCAGCAAGUGAGGUAUCCAGCUCAAAUGGCCCAGCAGCUACCCAACCCCAUUCAUCAGCAAUUAUGGCAUGUAGCCCAAAUUUCCCAGCAGCAACUGGCCCCAUUGUCUCAACAGAAGCACUACGAAAGCACUGAAGAUGCCUCUGGUAGUUCUCAGGCCAGCAUUGAACAGUCAGGUGUCAUCCCCAUCUCUUCCUACAGUUCCAAAUCGCACUACAAGAAUGGCAGAACUGUCUUCUCCCAAAUCAGCUACACUCCUAGGGAGGCAAUGCCUGUUGACAGUGGAAAUGCUCCCAAGGACGGUUAUGUUAGCAUUGGUGCACCAAGCAUAUAUCCAACACUAGUGAAGGAUUCUGCAAGAAAAAUAUAAUGGAUUCAUCCUCUAGAAGCUCUAAUGACCAGGAAGUUGCUGGUGCUCUUGCUACUCUAGUGUGACGGAAUCAAUAAACAACUUACUUUAAAAAA